CAAAAAUCCGCCAUUGAAAUUGUUUGCUGCACUCAAGUAGUACAGAGCUUUGGUGGGUCGGGUGAUCAGUAGCCUGUUAGCUCAGUUCUUGUUCAUACACAGUCUUCUCUUCGCCGGGAGAGCAGAGCUGAGUUCUUUCUUGGGGUUCCUCCUAUUCUGUACCAAAGCCCACCUGCCGACUGAUGAACGGCGGACUUGGAGCUGGAAGUGGAACCGCCCCCACCGGAAUCUCCGACUGAACCGUCCGCUUCCAUCUCCUUCACUUCGGUUCUGUUAUCUGAUUCGCCAUAAAAGCUGACAGGACCGACUGAAGGCAGAACGGGAGUGAGACAAUGUGGUACCUGUGCGUGUUUUACCACAGGUUGUUGGACUACAGGAAGCCCGAGGUGGAGUCUCUGGCGGAGCUGUUUGGGGCAUUUGAGGAUCAGAAAGGAAGGCACUUGAAAUGGAAGCUCCCCGAGGACCACCACCCCGACUCACCGUUCCAUUUCGUCAACCUCCCGUCCGAGCAGGUGGCUCGGGACAUAGCUAACCGCAGCAUACUCGUGAAAGGUAUCUACGAGCUCUGGGGAGAAGGCUCCACAUUUGAGGAGCUUGAGGCCGCCAUUAAAGCUUACCCUGAGGACCGGAAGUUACCCUUUCUGACUCAGGACAGCACCUUCAGGAUCACCGUGGAUAGUUUCGGAAAAGUCAUUAGCUUUCAGGAGCAGACUGCGCGGAUUCAGAAACUCGCAUUCAUCCCUUUUAAGGGCCGAGUCAAUCUGAAAAACCCAGAUCACAGGUUCUGGCUUAUGGAAACUGAUGACUACGGAGCCAAUAAUGGGCUCCCACCAGUCGUGAAGAGGAGGCACUUUUUUGGUCGGGAGAUUGGGGGUGCCGAUAGAAAGCUUUUGCCUACUUACCAGCUAAAAAGCCGCACCUACUUGGGCCCCACAGCAAUGGAUGCAGAGAUGGCUUUCCUAAUGGCCAACCAAGCAAUGGCAAAACCUGGGAAGCUCGUUUAUGAUCCCUUCGUGGGCACUGGGAGCAUCCUUGUGGCUGCUGCUCAUUUCGGAGCAAUGACAAUGGGAGCAGACAUCGAUAUUAGAGUAGUGCGUGAUGGUCGUGGUCCUGAGUGUAAUGUGUGGAGCAAUUUUAAGCAGUAUGGGUUGCCAAUGCCAAUUGGUUUGUUGAGGGCAGAUAACAACCUUCCUCCAUGGCGUCCUGGAUUGAAAGAAAUGUUUGAUGCUAUAAUAUGUGACCCUCCUUAUGGGGUCCGUGCUGGGGGGCGCAAGUCGGGUGGGCGGAAGUUGCUCAAGGGAGUCAUUGGCCCAUACACUGUCUCUGAUCAUCAAAGGAACGAUCAUAUCCCAUCCACCGCACCAUACAGCCUAGUAGAAUGCGUGCACGAUCUCUUCGACCUUGCUGCCAGGAUGCUAGUAAUGAGAGGCAGGCUCGUAUUUUUCUACCCAGUCGCAUUGGAGGACGAUUCAAUGGGAAUCAUGGACAAUGUCUUUCCUGAGCACCCCUGCUUUGAACUAAUCGCCUCCUCAGAGCAGAUCCUGAGCUCCCGUUACAGUCGGGUUUUGCUCACAAUGGUGAAGACGAGCCCUUACACUGCUGACAUUGAAGAGGCUGCAAGGCUCAGGCAUCUGGAUUUCCGGGAGAACCAUCUCAAGUGGCUCGAGGAUGGGAAUCUGCAUUCUGCAGUUUUUAGUCCUGCCGAUGCUUUAGCAGCGGCAGAGACCGAUACAAAGGUCAGUAGAGAACCGAAGCCGAAGUAUAGGGGAAAGUAUGUCUAGUGACACGUAGAUAUUUGUCAGACGAUAUCGGACCUGAAAACAAUGAAUUGCUGAUUUCCGUCUCAAUCAUCCUAUUUUUGGUAGGCAGAGAAAGAGAUAUAGAGCGGGAUGCUCACAUAGUAGCUUCUCUAAAACAUAUCGAAUCAGCAUAGGGAAGGGAUAACAGCGUCAUCUGUGUAUCUUCUACUCCAAUGUCAGGAAAUAUCCCGUUUUCAUGUUGCCUUUGUAUUGUAAAACUAGUACCCUCAAGGAAGGGAAGGAUGGCCACGGUGCUCUACACAGUAGGUUGCUUUUCUUUCUUCAGUCGGUUUCAGGACCGGUUAUAUCACAGGAUCAUUGUGUGGACAGGUUCAGAUUUAUUUGAAA